GCGCAGACUGCGACGCACCGUAUUAGUUUAGUAGCGACGCACUGACUUCCGGUUUUUCCAUAAGGACACAAUGGCGAAUGUAAUUUAUAAUAACAAAUAACAUCACGUAAGACCUAGACACCGCCAUUCACCAUCUUGUUUUAGAAGUCAAUGAGGAUAAGAUCCGCCCCAAUGCUUCGUACAUUGGUCUCUCAGUUCUAGCUGCCUUCCCUAGUGUUCUACCCAAUUCUUGGAUAACUUGCGUCCUGGCGCCAAUAAAUUGGCAAAAUGCGGCUCGCCUAUAUUUUGGUCAUCUCGAUGGCUAUAUCAUUGAUAUGGGGGUUGUUAGUUUUUGCGAUGGGGAUCUUGGUCCGCUUCAUGUUUGGCUCCCUGAUCAACGAGUACAUCGGCGACGCCGCGAGCAAGGACGACCUCCCCGGGGCCAUCAGCACCGAGGGUCAGAACAUCAUGCCCAUAACCCAGGCCGUACCCGAUAGUGUGGACAUCGGCGAGUGGGCCAUCAAACUUGGAUCAUUGGCCGUGGCGUGUGGCGCCCUCAUCGUGAUCUUCUCCAUCACUGGAUUUAUCGGGGCGCUCAAGUACAUCAAAGUUCUGCUGGCCGUG